AUGCCCCCCAGCCUCACUCCCUCGCGCUCUCACGUCAUCUCUCACCUCUCGCUCUCACUUCCCUCUCACCACUGCAGAUGGGUGCGCAACCCGUCUCUCCCAAAGCGCUACACAGGGUUGUCGUGCAAGAGCAUCCGGUCGAGCCUCAACUGCCAGAAGAACGGCCGCAAGGACACGGCGUAUCUCAACUACGAAUUCAAAAGCCCCGGAUGCAAUAUCCAGAGGUUCGACCCGAAGGCGUUCCUGUCGAUGAUGCGCAACAAGGUGUUUCUGGGCGUGGGCGACUCGUUCAACCCGAACCUGCAGCACUCCGUGCGCUGCCUUGUCGAGAGCGUCGCCGCCACUAAGGACGUCAACGGCGCGCUCUUCAAGACGGGCCUCUCCGCGCAGGGCUACGUCGUGCCGCAGUACAACGCCACGUUCCUCACUAUCGCGUCCAGCUUCCUGGUCGACGCAACCCCCGUGGUACGUACCGGCUACGUCGUGCCGCAAUGCAACGCCACGUUCCGCACCAUCGUGUGGAGCGUCCAGCAGCAGCCCUUCAGCACGGACGGUGACCCUGCGCGUGCUCAACAAGGGACGCCCUUUAGCCUCUCUGCGUCCUUCCCUCAUGUUCUCUCCCCUCCCCCCUUCCCAUUCCCCUUGCAUGCUACAGGGCGCGGCGUCCAGGAGGAGUCCGAGGAAGGUGGUGAAGCUGGACGGCCCCAGCAAGGAGCGUCGUCCAGCAGCAACCCGUGGAAGGUGAACCUGGACGGAUCGGUGUCGAGCAGCAGUCCGUGGAAGGUGAAUCUGGACGUGCCCAGCAAGGAGUGGACUCCGUUUCUGCGCCACUCGCACUACGUGGUGUUUUCUGCCGGCCACUGGUUCACCAAUGUACGUGUGUGCGUGAUUGAGAGUGGGGCGCUGCAGUCUGGGAACCUGAGGCAGUGGUUUGUGAAGAAGCAGCAGCAGAAGGGCAUGACGUCAUCAGCAGCCAUGACGGCCGCAUACACGACAAUGCGCAACUACAUCGCGAGCUCCGGCUACACGGGCCUGCCCAUGGUGCUCACCUACACGGCCUCGCACUACGAGUCCGCGUUUGCUGCCACGGAUUCGGUGAAGGCAUGCAGUGGGGCCAAGGGGCCCAUGACCUCCAAGCAGAUGGCGUUUGCUUCCAAGAAAUCGGACGCGCUCGAAGGGAGGACCGCUGUGGUGAAGGUGUUCCAAGGCAACCCGACCUUCAAGGUUCUUGAUGUCAGCAAGGCCAGCUUGAUGAGACCCGAUGCACACAUGGCGAAGUUCAGGGCAGGCACGUCGGACGAUGACUGCUCUCAUUUCUGUGUCCCCGGCGUCCCUGACACAUGCUGGGUGCGCAACCCGUUCGUGAAGCGCUACACGGGCUACAGCUGCCAGAGCAUUCGCUCGCAGCUCAACUGCGACCGGAACGGGCGCCCGGACUCGGAGUAUCUUAACUACGAGUGGAAGGCCCCCGGGUGCAGCAUCAAGAGGUUCAACACCGCAGCCUUCCUCAGCACGGUGCGCAACAGAGUCUUCAUGUCGGCCGGCGACUCUUACGCCACCAACCUCUACCACGCGCUGCGCUGCCUCAUUGAGACCACCACCAAAGUCCAAGACUACAGCACGAGCUCUGCGUUUGGGACAGGAGUGAAGGCGUCCGGAUUCAGCGUACCGUCGCACAACUUCCUCUUCCUCCGCCAGUCCACCAACUUCCUCGUCGAUUCCGAGCCUCAGGGUUCAGCGUCCAGCAAGGGCGUGUGGACGGUGCGUCUAUGGCAGGCAGAUCCCAAGUGGGCAAAGCUCAUUCCACAUGUCAACUACGUGCUCUUUGCUACUGGCCAUUGGUUCACUAACGCCCCCUCCAACACUCGCGACUACCGCGAUAACAACGGGAAGCAAAUCAGCAUCAAUUCAAUGAGGGCCAUGCGCACCGCAAUCCGGACCGUCCGUCAGACGAUCCAAUCCACCAACUUCCGCGGCAUGCCCCUGUUCCUCUCGUACACGGCAACACACUACCAGAAGUCGUUCCCGCCGCAAGAUUCCAUGAAUGACUGCAUGGGUGCUAAAUCGCCUGUGGGAAAUAACGUGGUGGCGUAUGCGGAAAAGAAUACCUUCUUCAUGCAGGCGCGAAAUCAGCUCCGCUCGGCUAGAGCAAGUAGUCUCUGGUUGUCGAGAAGCUGGACCAAUGCCGAACCGCCAGCUGGCAGCGAUGCAGCUACGUUGGCCUGUGUUGCACGUUCGGAAGGCUCCGGUCGCAUCGCCUUCAAGGAGGAGAGCACUGGUUCCGCUUCUGGCGCUGCUGGUGCUGGAAGCGGCACUUGCGGCGCCCGCCGCGGCUACGGAUAA